AUGUGGGCGGAAGAGGAUGGAAAGACUCAUUUUUGUUGCACUAAGAGAGGAAGAAGACGCUUGCAUAGAGUGUGGGAAAAAGCUUUGAUUGUUAAGUUGCUGGGCAGAUCUACAGGUGUCUCGUUCAUGAAGAAAAAGAUUGAGGAGCUAUGGGGAAGGAAAGGAAAAGUGAACGUCACAGAUAUUGGGAAUGAGUUUUAUGUGGUUCAAUUUAGUGAUGAUGAAGACAUGAAAUUUUCUCUAAGUGGAGGCCCUUGGGUUGUCCUAGGUCAUUAUCUGUCCUUACGUAAGUGGGAACCUGGCUUCAGGCCUAAUGCUGAGGGCAUAUCAAAGAUAGCAGCUUGGAUCCGCCUUCCUAAUAUUCCAUUGGAAUUUUAUGAUGAAGUUUUCUUUCGUAGGGUGGGUAACUGGAUAGGGAAGUUAAUAAAGAUUGAUAGGACUACAAACCUUCAUGCUAGGGGUCGCUUUGCAAGGAUCUAUGUUGAACUGGAUUUGGCUAGACCUUUAAAAGAAGAGUAUGUUCUUGAGGGAGUUUUGAAGCAUAUAGAAUAUGAAGGUUUAGGGCUCAUUUGUUUCAACUGUGGAAAGUAUGGCCAUAGCAAGGAUUGUUGUUCUGAGAUUGUUCAAGAACAGAUCGUGGUGAAUGAAUCUCAUCCUUCUGGGGAUGGUGAAGCUAAUAAAGUUGAAGAAAACCGGAACGGUCUUGGCCCUUGGAUGGUGGUUAAUCGCCAACGCCGCCCUAGAAGCCAAGCUGCUACCCAAGAUGGCAGAACGCCGAUGACUUCGAGAAGAAUCACUCAACGUGAUUUUGGGGAGAAUACUGCGCAAUCAAAACAGUUAUCAGUGCAAUCAUAUCAGCCUAUUUUAAAUGCAGUAAAUACAAAAUCACGUUAUGCAGUUUAA